CAUAAUUUAAUAAGCAUGGGCAAGAAUCAUAAACAUUUAAAACGCCUAAAAUCUGAAAAGGCAAAAAUAAAAUUAAAAAUAAUGAAGACAAAACAUCUACCAAAAGGAUUAAAUGUUACAGAUACAUCAUUUAAAAUUAAAAAAAUUUUAAUACAAGAACAAUUUAAACAAUAUGAUGAGAUGGAAAUACUUAGUAAGAGAAAACUCAAUGUCAAGGAUUUGUUAUUACGUUUACAACAUCAUAAUUCAACAGUUCGACAAGAUGCUGUAAAGGAAUUAAAAGAAAUUUUAUCAGAACAUACUAUAAAAUUAUUAAAUUCACAAUUUGGAUCUCUCUUGCAAGGCAUUUGUGCCUUGUCUCUUGAUAAAGAGAGAGAUAUAAGACGUAAUUCUUUGAAAGUUUUGAGUCUAAUCCUUGGUCCAAUUUCUAAUGAUCAGCUUAAUCCAUAUUGUGAUGUAUUGAUUUCUUACUUAAUAUGUGCUAUGACACAUAUAGAUUCUCAUAUUAAAGAAGAUGCUUUACUUUUUUUGGAUGUGCUUGUACAAAAUUGUAAUAAUAUUUUGGCAAAAAAUAGUUAUAAAAUAUUGCCAAAUUUUUUAGACAUGAUUUCUAAAUUGCAUACAGAAAUGAAACCUGGAAGACAAUUAGUAACAACUUUAAAUUCCAAGAAUACUAAUAUUAAAUGGCGGAUAAAAGUAUUGGAGAGACUUGCUACUAUGUUUAAUUCUAUUGUUACUUACUUUAAAUUUCAACAGACUAUUAGUUUAAAUGAAAAUAUAAAAAUUAUAAAUGUGAAUAAAAAUAUUAGAUAUGUUCCUAUUUAUAUGAAAACAAAUAUUCAGAAUUAUGAAAUUGAUUUUGAGAAAUUUAACAAUUUGGAAAAAAAUAAUAUUGAUAACAGUUUGAAUGCAGAUAAACUUAUAAAAUAUGUAGAAUUAUUAAUGCCACUUAUACUUGAGAGUUGGAUUGAAGUAUGUCCAAAUGAUAAAAAUGUAGAGAAUUCUACAUUUUUAAUUUCUAUGGAGGCAUUAGAAUUAUUAAAAAGUAUAGUAGAAAUAAUACAAUUAAUAAUUGAAUGCAUAGAUAUUUUGCAUACAGAAUGUGAUGUAAAUAUGAAAUUUUGGUUUAAAAAUAAUUUUGAGAAUUCUUAUACGAAAAAUUUAUUUUUGAAAUUUCCAUAUAAUAAAUUAAAUGCAGUUGGAAAUUUUCUUUCUUCAUUAAGAAAUAAAAAACGUCAACAAGAUUUUUCUAUAGAUGAAUCAUAUGAUGCUUGUUUAGGAUAUAAUUUAGGAAUUUGUCAAAUUUAUGUAUGGUUUACAUCCAUACAGAGAGAUGAUAAAAUUAUGUCUAAAUUAAAUAAAAAUUAUUGUAUAUCUGUUAUUAAAUAUUUAAAUGAAAAACUUGAAAAUUGGUCUGAUACAAAUAAUAUUGCAUUACCACAAUUGAUUAAGCUUUUAAGAAUGUUAUUUUUAAAAGCAAGUAAAAUUUGGUAUAAAAAUCAUUUUGAUUUGAGUAAAAGCUUACAAUUAGUUAUAAAUAUAUGUUGUAAUCAAUUUAAAAAUGAAAUGCAAUUACAAUUAUUUUCUGUCAUUAGUGACAUAAUGUUAGAUCAUACUUUACAUGAAUUGCAUAGAGAAAAUGCAUUUAAAAAAUUUAUCUCAACUUUGCCAAAUUUUUUGUUAAAACCAAAAAUACAUGAAAAUACAAUACAAAUAAUAAAUAAGAUUGUGCUUCGUUAUAAAGAUUGUAUUCAGAAUGAGCUUGUAAUAAAUUAUAAAGAUAUUAUAGAAAAUGCUAAAAAAAUUGAAAUCAUUGGAUCUAAAGAUGAUAAAAAAUCUCGUCUUAUGAUAUGUAAUUUGUUUUAUUUCAUGAAUACCCAAAUUUUCUAUUGA